AUAGCUGGCACCACCACACGGUGCCAAACACACCUCCUCCUCUCUUUACUUACACCCAUAUAUUAAAAAAAUAUAGAUUUAUAUACACACAAACAACAGCCACCACCCUUCUCUUCUACUCAUGACUUCAUCGGCCGCUGGCGGUGGCAGAUACAUGGCCUGCUCUCCCUCGCCUUCCGCCCCUCACUCUCCUCACCUUUCUGGCCUUCGCUCCGCCGCCGCCCUCCUCGAUCAUGACAAAUAUCUCGCGGACUUACUGGCAGAGCGUCACAAGCUUAGUCCAUUUAUGCCAGUGCUCCCUCAUACCUAUCGGUUGUUGAACCAGGAAAUUUUGCGUGUAACUACACUGUUGGGGAAUGCAUCAGUUUUAGGUCAAAGUGGGCUUGAACAAGCUAGCCCCCUGGCUUCUGGAGGAAUAUUUUCAAAUGGAGGAGCCGAUAUGAACGGAUGGACGUUUCAAUCAGAAAUUUCAGGUUUAGUACAGCCCUCUUCGGCACAGAACUGGCUGAGUUCUCAGGGUAGCUCUUCUGGUCUUAUUGUUAAGAGAACAAUCAGAGUGGAUAUUCCUGUCAACAACUACCCUAAUUACAAUUUUGUUGGCCGCCUCCUUGGUCCUAGGGGCAACUCGCUUAAGUGUGUGGAGGCAAAUACAGAGUGCCGUGUCCUGAUAAGAGGGCGGGGCAGUAUUAAGGAUCCAGCUAGGGAAGAAAUGAUGAGAGGAAAACCUGGGUAUGAACAUCUGAAUGAACCUCUACAUAUCCUAGUCGAGGCAGAAUUACCUCUUGAAAUAGUUGAUGCUCGCCUAAUGCAGGCACGGGAGAUACUUGAAGAUUUGCUCAAGCCUGUGGAUGAGUCCCAGGAUUUCUAUAAGAAACAACAGCUGCGAGAGUUAGCAAUGCUGAAUGGUACACUUCGUGAGGAAGGUUCUUCCAUGUCUGGUUCUGUAUCCCCCUUCCACAACAGCCUUGGAAUGAAGCGAGCAAAGACUAGAGGGUAAAGGAUCCCUACAUGUGGGCUAUUGGAGCUUGGGUCUCAGUGUCUGCCAUAAGACAGGCAGGUUCCCUGACAUUGCAGGUAUUGCUGUGUCAGUGAAUGCCUCCAACUGGUGUCGGGGCACUGGCACAGUUGUGUGCUAAUUCAGUUCUAACUUGCUUGUGUCUAUAUGAAGUGUGUUUGUGUUGUGUUUGGGAGAGGUUAAAUGAUGGUAUCACACAGUGAGGAAUGGGUUGCAUUUGCAUGUUGGUUCAGGCAAUAGCUCUCUAAAACUGUGCGUGUAUUAUAAUUAGGUCAUAUAUUAUAAUUAAGCUUGAAAUGACAGUUUUGAUAUGAGGGAACCUAUAUAUGUGAGGAAGUUAAGGUAUGAUUGUAUACGGUGAACGCGAAGUCAGGUGAUUUUAUUAAAAUGUCGUAUGGGUUGGAGUGUUUUGUGUUAUCAAAUUGUAGAUUUGCACUUUUAGAUAUUACAAAUAUUAGUACUGAGUGUGUGUGUGUGUGUAU